AUGCUGAAAAUUAAGUCCAAUCAUUCUGUGUUUUAUAAACGAUCAACUGCAGGUAUCAUUUUAUUGGUUGUGUAUGUGGAUGAUAUUGUUAUUACUGGAAAUGAUACUAGAGGAAUCUCAUCUCUUAAGUCCUUCAUUCAUACUCAGUUUCACACGAAGGAUUUGGGGGUGCUCAAGUAUUUCAUGGGAGUUGAGGUAACUCAGAGUAAACAAGGUAUUUUUCUAUCUCAAAGAAAGUAUGUCAUUGAUAUGUUAACUGAGACAGGAAAAUUGGGAGAAAAGCCUUGUAGUACUCCAAUGAGUCCUAAUGUGCACCUUACAAAAGAUGGGGAACCAUUUGAAGAUCCUGAGAGAUAUUGCAGGUUGGUUGGAAAGUUGAAUUAUCUUACCGUGACUCGUCCAGACAUUGCAUUCUCAGUUAGUGUUGUCAGUCAGUUCAUGUCAUCUCCAACAAUUCAUCAUUGGGCAGCAUUAGAGAAAAUUUUGUGUUACUUGAAAGGAGCAACAGGACGAUGUAUCGUGUAUGCAGAUCAUGGGCACACUCAUAUUGAGUGUUUCUCAGAUGCAGAUUGGGCAGGUUCUAAAGUGGAUAGAAGAUCCACUUUAGGUUAUUGUAUUUUUGUUGGAGGGAAUUUAGUCUCUUGGAAGAGUAAGAAGCAAAAUGUUGUGUCAUGA